UCCAUCUCCCCAUACCUGCAACGCGCGGAAGAACUUCGAACCAAGGAGCCCAUCGUCGCGUAUUGGUGCACCUAUUAUGCAGCUCAGAUUGGCAUAUCGCUCAAGGCGAAGGAUACCGCUUCGCGCGACUUUCUGCUCCACCUCCUGGGAGAGCUUGAGAGAAUGAAACAGGAGAUUGGGCCGACCGACGCUAUCGAUGUUGAAGCCGCCAGCUCGGCAUACGUGGAAAACUUUGCGCUGCGAGUGUUCGCGGCUGCGGAUAACGAGGAUCGGUCGGGCAAUGUCACAAGGUCCACCGCAAAGAAGUUUUUGGCGGCGGCCCACUUCCUGGAAGUGCUCAAAACAUUCCCCAAGUCCGAAGUGUCCGAAUCUGCAAGUCUUGUGUUCUCCUUCUUCUCUUCUGCAUCGCUUACGUGGCAGGACAGAGCCAAGAAAAAAUCCGAUAUGCGAAAUGGAAGGCUGCCGAUAUCGCAAAAGCAUUCCGGGAAGGUCGCAAGCCCACGCCCGGUCCCGCCGAUUCGGGCAUCGAAGCGGAACUGGCUGAGCUCCAGGCGACCGCUGCUGCGGCCGGUAGAUCCAGCCCAGACAGCAUCGACACUCUGAAGGAGACGUCCCUGCCACAAAUAAGUGAGCCGGCCCCUAUCAAACGCACUUCACCCAAACUCGAAUCGGCCGAUAUCACCAACGCGAACCGCCGUUUCUCGUCCCAGAACACGCAUCCUGCGUUUGUGGACCCCACCGGACUCCAUCCCAGCCCCGAUCGCGGGGGAGCCGUGUCGCCCGGUCAGUGGAGCACCGUCGCCACCCCUGGCACGAAUGUUGCGACACCAGAAGUCUUCGCAAGGACGGAGAGCGAGUACUCGGGCGACCUGCUCGAUCCCCCGCCUGGGAACAAGAAGACUGUCCACUUCACGCCUUCCGUCGACGGAAUGUCCUCCCCUUCGGAAGAUGCCACAUAUUCGCCGUACGACGACCCGGCUUCGUUCGGGGGCCCGUCGUCGCUCCACCAACCUCCGAUCCCACCAGUGGAGUACCCACGUCCCUCAGCGCCACCGCUGCCGCUGCCGCACGUGCCCGCCCCUGUGAUCCCGCCGCCACCGUCUUUCGUGCUUCCUCCCACGAUCGUCUCUCCUCCUCCACUACAACUGGAGCUGACGCCGACGUUGGUGGCUAAGGCACAGAAACAUUGUCGAUUUGCCAUCAGUUCUCUCGAUUACGAAGACGCGGAGCAGGCUCGACGGGAGCUUCGUGCAGCACUUGCGCUUCUGGGCGGAUAGAUACAUCCUGUUGGCCACAUUUUUACGAUACAUUACUGAUAUCCGGUACUUCAAUCAUACUCAUCAUGUACAUGCCAAGUAAUCCGCUUCUGCCUGCCGGACUCGUGCUUCCAGCUCUCGGAUUCUGUCCUUGACCGACCCGGACGACAAUCCCACGACAAUGGGCGGCCGUUGUGGGGAUGCGACGGAAGGCGAAACCGUGACGGCCGUCGGCGGUGCAGCGAGCGUUGUCCUGAAAGUAGCGAUGCCCAGCCCACUGGGAGUUUCAUCCUCUUCUUUCGUGUACGGAAGUCCGACAACAGCCGUCGAAGCAGCAGCAGCAGUCGGAUAGUACCGGUGGUCCAGAAAACUAGACGUAGCGACCUGGUAUCCAGGGAUGACCGAGUCUUCGACACCAAUCGAUGAGCAGUACGUCUGGGAGACGGAAAUGGACGCCGAGAAAUCUUCCUCGGCGAUAGAAACUUGCGUGGACGAGAUUCUCGGAGACAGAGGUUGUCGAUCUCGCAGCUUCUCUUGAACGCGGGUCGCAAACGCCGACGGGCCCCGAUGACGCAGCGAGUGAGAAUAGUUCGGGUCCAGGUUUUCCGCCUCUUCCGGGUAUUCGUUCUCCAUGGAACUCUCUGCUAGCGAAUCGAGGUCACAGUUCGAUUCCGGAUAAACAGUGUCCAACUGAGCUGCGACUAUAGCGUGGUGCACAAAGUCCUCGGCAUCAUCACACAUCGUCAGAUCUCCGGUCAUCUCGUGCAUGACAGCAUCCGAAUCGUCUUCAUACGCGGCUUGAGCAUCCGAGACAGAGGAAGUAGAGCGAAGACUGGCGAAGCUUGACGGUGGGGGAUCAAGAGAGAUCAUGUUGAUGAUGCGAAUGGGAAUGUUCACAGACACAUCCGAACCCAAUGUCCCGCAGUUGAGUGUAACACGCACAGAAUGGC